GCCUCCGGUGGGAAGGUUCAGCCAUGCCUGGCACGAAGCUGGGCCAUGGCUGACCAGGCCAUCCUGUGCCGGGGCUGGACAGGAAGCCCCAGCUCUCCCCUGCACCCUGCCGCACUCUCUCCUUCCUGCAGCUCUGCCCACACAGCCACGCACCGCCCGAGACACCAUGCUGGCCUCUGCCGGGGGCCUGGGCCACCCUCUGUGGGGGCUGCAGGGGUGGAGAGCCUAGGGGUGAAGGGUCCCAGGAGAGCCCGGAGGCUCUGGCCCCCACCCCACCUCACUGCCUGGCCAGCAGGUACCGGAAGCCCCAGCACAGGGGAGGCAGGGGCAGCCUUCACCGCCCAGGAGAGCAGUCGCUACCAGUGUCCAGGGGGUGACGAUGCCCUCACAGGCCACUGGAGAAGGCUGCCCCACCGAGACGCAGGCCAUGUGGGGCUCCCAGGGGCUGCUGCUCCUGUCUCUGGCGCUGGCGGCAGGUGGCACCGAGCACGUCUACCGACCUGGCCGCGGGGUGUGUGCCGUUGGGGUCACAGGGGGACCCGUCUCGGAGUCCUUCAUGCAGCGUGUGUACCAGCCUUUCCUGACCACCUGUGAUGGGCACCGGGCCUGCAGCACCUACAGAACCAUCUACAAGACCGCCUACCGCCGCAGCCCUGGGCUAGCCCCCACCAGGCCCCGCUAUGCCUGCUGCCCUGGCUGGAAGAGGACCGAAAGGCCCCCGGGGACCUGCAGAGCAGCACCAUGCCAGCCGCCCUGCCAGAACGGAGGGAGUUGUGUCCACCCAGGUCAUUGCCGCUGCCCUGCAGGAUGGCAGGGGGAUGCCUGCCAGGAAGACGUGGACGAGUGUCACACCUGGGGUGGUGGCUGUCCCCAGCGCUGCAUCAACACCGCAGGCAGCUUUUGGUGCCAAUGCUGGGAGGGGCACAGCCCAUCUGCAGAUGGGACAUUCUGCCUGCCCACUGGAGGGCCCCACAGGGUGGCCCCAAGCCCCACAGCAGGAAUGGACAGUGCAGUGAAGGAGGAGGUGGAGAGGCUGCGGUCAAGGGUGGACGUGCUGGAGCAGGCACAUGCAAGGAGCGGUGACUGGCCUGGCCCAGGCCCCAUCUCUGGCCAUGGAGAGCCUAAGGACCCAUCCGAUCGGCCAGCCCAGGCUGGACAGAGCCAGCCCCUCUGCCCCGACCCCUCCCAGAGGCCACAGCCAGCCUGCCUCAGUGGAAGGUCGGGAAGGGCCUCACCCAGUCUCUUCGAACUCAAGAGGUUCCUGGGACUCAAGCACGGAGUAGGGACGGGGUCCUGCGUGACUGGCCUUGCCGGGGGUUCUCCAGGGCAUGGCGUGAGGCUGGAAGACAAUAUGGGCUGCCCUCCCUCUCUGUUAGAAUAAAAAUGACACCUGG